CUUCUAGAUCGGUGUUACCCGAUCUGGAUGAAUUAAAAAACUUUCACGCCUGCACUUGCCGAUUUCUAUCUGCGUGAAGGAAAGAAAGAGCGAUUGAGAGACAGAAGGGAAAGUUAGAGCCGUCCGCUCCAAAGCGAGUUAGGGCUUUGGACGGACUCCGAGCAGUCGGCGUUCGAACUGCCAGAGGACGGCGUUCGAGCGGAAGCAAACGGCGCUCAAGUGGACGGCGGAUGUCGUUCCAGCAGACGUUGGGAAGCGUUCGAGCAAAAACAGAAGGUCUUCGAGCAGACAGCGUUCCAGCGGCUUUCAGAGUUCGAGCAGGCGAACCUUCCUCUUCGGCCUACGUUUGAGCCAGCGGACUUUCGUCAGUUGCCUAUUUUCUAAGGACCUACGCUUGAGGAGCCUGAUUGGAGCAGGUGAAUGACGAGAUGGGCUUUAUUACUUCUGAGGUGUUCCAGAAAUCCAUGCUGUCCAUAAGGCAGAAGUGAAUGAGUUUGAAUUGUGGCAUCGUAGGUUGGGUCAUCCGUCAGACCGUGUUGUUAAAUUACUGCCUAUUUUUAGCACUGGUUUUUUCAAAAAGAAAUUAAAUAAAGAUUGUGAGGUGUGUCCACAAGCCAAAAAAGUUCAUGAUUCUUUUCCUACUAGUACUAAUAAAGCGAGUCGAAUUUUGGAGUUGAUUCAUUGUGAUUUGUGGGGGCCUUACAAAACCCCGUCUACGUGUGAUGCCAUUUAUUUUAUGACACUUGUUGAUGAUUUUUCUCGGGCAGUGUGGGUUUAUUUAUUGCGGGACAAGAAGGAAGUGCAUAAAUAUUUUCUAUCUUUUAUUGCUAUGAUUGAAAAACAAUUUGAAGUACCUGUGAAAAUUGUUCAUAGUGGAAAUGGAACGCAGUUUAGAUGUCUAUUGCCGUAUUUUGAGGAGCGAGGAAUUCUUUUUCAGACUACUUGCGUUCACACACCCCAACAAAAUGGGAAAGUGGAUCGUAGGCAUCGACAUAUUUUAAAUGUGGUUCGUGCUUUGAUGUUUCAAGUAGCAAUUCCUAUUGCACUGUGGGGCGAGUGUGUUUUGACAGCUGUUUAUCUUAUUAAUUGAACACCUUCUGGGUUAUUGGGGGGUAAAACCCCGUAUGAAGUUCUCACAGGAGUUGCACCGAAUUUUCUACAUUUGAGAAUUUUUGGGUGUUUGUGCUUUGCUCACAACCUCAAAUCCAAAGGAGAUAAAUUCGCUCCUAGGAGUAGACAUUGUGUGUUUAUUGGGUAUCCAAAUGGC